ACUGAACAGGGUGCCGGCUUUUCCUCCUUGCUUCGCCCGCCCUUUCGAGGCUGAGUCAGCGCAGCCCCCACAAGACGUUUCCCUCCUCCCGCUGGGAGCCCCGUCUGGUUGGCGGCCGCCUUCUCCCUCUCCCCCCUCCCGCCUUUCUCUUCCUUCCCCGCCUCCUCAGAGGCCUGCCCGCCUGCCCUGGGAGGCAGCGCAGAGAAGGGCGCCGCGGGGCUAGUUUGGAGGCAAGCAAGGAAAUGGAGGCAGUGGUUGGUGGCGAUUCAGCGCAGCCAGGCAACCGGCGCUAAAGGGAACAUCCAGGCGGGUGGCCCUGUUGCUGCUGGAAGCCGCGGAGGCGAGCCGAGCCGAGCCAAGGGCGAUGCAGCUACAAUUGCAGCUGCAGCCAAGCUUGGCUGUCCCUGUGGUCGGCUGAAGUGAAGCUUUUUCGGUAGCCCGGCCGGUAACGCUAUCACGACGGGCGGCCCUGGAAAAAGAUGGCACGCACCACGCGCGAGGCGAACGCGGCGCUGCGUUGCUGAGCAACUGCGGCCCGGGGAAGAGGCUUUUUCAGCGCGAUCCCCGGCGGCGACAGGACCCCAGCUGCGAUGUAACCCAAGGGAGGCGCGUUGCACGAAGGCCUCUCUCUCCAGAAGCGCUGGCCUUCGGCCGUGGGCAAAUAAAUGGUUCCUCUUGGACCCCAAAGGGAUUGGCUCGUUUGACACAUCCUCCUCGGGACAGAAACUAACAGACGUUACAUGGAUCAUAUCUGACAUCAUGCACCACCGGUGGCUGCUAUUAGCUGCAUGCUUUUGGGUAAUAUUCAUGUUCAUGGUUGCUAGCAAGUUCAUCACAUUGACCUUCAAAGAUCCUGAUGUUCAUGGUGCCAAGCCAGUAAUACCAACAACUAUAACUGAAGUAGGAAAAGAUCACAUAACAAAAGAGAAGAGACUUCCGGGGCAAUUCCAGACAAUAGGAAAAGGUCUAUCUGAAGACCUUGUACAUGAAGGCCUGGUCCAUAUAGAGAGGCUUGAACUACUCAGGAAUGUCUGCCAAGAUGCAUCUCUGAAAAACCUCACCCAUACUCCUGUUUCCAAGUUUGUUUUGGACCGAAUUUUUGUAUGUGACAAGCACAAGAUCCUCUUCUGUCAAACUCCAAAAGUUGGCAAUACUCAGUGGAAAAAAGUCUUGAUUGUUUUAAAUGGAGCUUUUCCUUCCAUCGACGAGAUCCCUGAAAACAUUGUGCAUGACCAUGAGAAGAAUGGUCUUCCACGCUUAUCUUCUUUCAGUGAUUCUGAAAUUGAAAAAAGAUUGAAACUGUAUUUCAAAUUUUUCAUCGUAAGAGAUCCUUUUGAGAGGCUUAUUUCUGCAUUUAAGGAUAAAUUUGUCCACAAUCCUAGAUUUGAACCUUGGUAUAGACAUGAAAUUGCUCCUGGAAUUAUUCGAAAAUAUAGAAAAAAUCGCACAGAGACUAAAGGACUGCAGUUUGAGGACUUCGUGCGCUACCUAGGUGAUCCAAAUCAUCGAUGGUUAGAUAUACAAUUUGGAGAUCAUAUAAUUCAUUGGAUAACCUAUGUUGAAUUAUGUGCCCCCUGUGAAAUAACAUACAGCAUAAUUGGACAUCAUGAAACUUUGGAGGAAGAUGCACCAUACAUCUUAAAGGAAGCAGGAAUUGAUCAUCUGGUAUCUUAUCCUACAAUUCCUCCAGCCAAUAGAGAAUCAAUGGACCAGUAACCUGUAAAGAAACUUGAUAUGAAUACAAAACAUUUAGAAAGAGCAGGAAAUAACACUUAUGUCAAUGGUCUUACAAAUCUAUGGAGGCCAAACAGAUUGGUAAGUAUUGUGUAACUUAAGGAAAAGAUUCCAGACCAUGGAAUCAAUCUGAAAGCCUUAUGAUGGUUGCUUACUGUUAUUCAUUCAAGAAAUAAUAGUUGCACAAAUUUUAAUUUGUAAACUCUUGAGUUAUUAUGAGGUGAAAAAUCUUUAACCAGAUAAGCUAUGGAUCCCAUUGAAGAAAUUUUAGAGAACACUAAAAAUGAUUUUUCAUUUGCUUUGUAACCUUAAAUAAAUACCAGUACAGUAUUGACUGCAUAAUUUACUGGGAUCAUUAAGUCUAUGCAUUUUGAUACGGUCUGCUAAUCCUAUCCCACAGUGGUGCUAUUAUAAAGUUGCCAUAAUGAAUGAGAUCAAUGUUCUAUUGAAACCUAGCAUCUUAUUUUUGGGGUUUCUUAGUUUAAGAAAUAACCAUACAUAUAGAUGAGGCAGCAAGCUGCCAUAAGGUAUAUUUAUUUCAUGUGUAAUAUGUUAUGUAAGUAAUUUUUGAUCUCUCAAAUCUUGAUAUUAUAAAAUGGAUUACAAAAUUUAGAAGCAGGUGCCUAUUGGUAUAAACAUGUGCCAUGUUGCAUUCUACUCUUAAUGAGGCAUAAUUCCAUCCCUAUGGCCAAUAAUUUAUGUGGACGUUUCACAACUGGCCACUAGGUUUAUUUAUUUCAGGUUCAUAAAAUUAAUAAAUUAUCCUUCCUCCCAAAGUACUCAAUUUUUCCAAAUGAGUUUUUUUUCAUACUUUCACUGCAGAAUUUGCCAUAUAAAAUUAUCAAAACAGCCAGCUUAAUCCAAAAUAUUGAUGUCUGUGUGCAUAACAAUGGAAAUAUUAAUAUAAAAUGUAAAUGCCCAGGAUUGUAAAAGCAUAAUACGUGCGUGUUAUUUCUUUUAGAUGAAGAAAACUUUUAAGUUCACCAGCAAUAAUAUCUUAAAGUUGAUGCCUUUGUUCCCUUGGUUUUUCAGGAGGAACAAACCAAUUAAAUUUUAGUUAGCAGUACAUCAAAAAGUAAAUUUGGAGCAAUACUAUUACAAUGCUGUAAUAAGGUCUUAAUGACCUUGGCUAGAAUGGUGGAAAUGAAGAGAAAAUCUAUUAAACUGAUUAUAAUUCUUAACUUUUGUAUUUGUAAACCUUAAAAAAAAAUCAGUGCCAAAACUGUUCCUUUCUGUGAAAUAAAGACCAUACUAGUGAGGGCUAAUUUCAGAAAGAUUCCUAAAAACUGAGCCAUUCUACACAAUAUAGAAACAACGGUAAUCAAAUUCAUAAUGUAACAGUGGAUGAGCAGGGGUGGGUUUGUACAACUGCUUGGUCCUUUCUACUCCCCUGCAUGUAAAUAAGGAAUACAAUAAGACAUACAGUAAAUAAGUGCUCUCCCAAGUCCUACAAAGCAAAUUUGGUGAGGUGGAAUACCUGGGCCUGUAGACAGUAUUAUAUUUAUUAACAAAUGGUUCUGUUUUACAAUCGUUCCAUCUCAACUGUAGCAAAUCUGGAGAAAACUUCAAAACUUUUGUGGGAUUUUUUAUUUUUUUGGUGCCUUUAAGUUAGUCUGGACUCCUGGUGAUUCGAUGGAGAAGUCUUUGGCAACAUUUUUCAGGAAUGAUUUCCCUUUGCCUUCUGCCUAAGGCUGAGGGUUGCUUUCAUGCCAAAGGCAGGAUUAGAACUCACAGUCUCCUGGUCUCUAACCUGGUGCCUUUAAUCACAAUAAAUUAGCACUUCCUAUGUGAUUAGAGAAAGCAUAUAAAAUAACCCCCACAUAGAUUACUGCUAUUUUUAUUUUGCAAUGUGUAGAAUGGUUUAAAUUUAUGUAUUGUGAAUUAUGGGAUAUUUUUUAUGUAGACUUUUUCCUGACAGAUUCCUAUUCUGUGUAGGAAAAUUACACAUUACAUUGUUGUGUGCAUGAGUGGAAAGCUUGUGUGUGCACACUGCCACUUGCGUAUGUACUUACAGCUUUCCUUUAAAAAAGUAAUCUCUCUAUAAAAAUUAUUCUAUAUGAAGCUGCCCUUACUAUUAGCAAGAAAAUAACAAAACUUCAAUCUUGUCCUUCUAAAGAAAGGAUAUUAAUAAGAUCUCUGACAUAGUAAGAUUUAAGUUAUUUUUAUAUGAAGUGGUAGGAGAAAAUAUGUUUAUUUCAAGAUUAAUGAGCUGAGCAAGUUAUGUCUCUGCUGAAUUAAAAUGUAAUAAUGUGAGAAAUGUGUAGCAAAUUAAGGCCUUAAAAAUUAGUUCUAAUAAAAAAGUGAAUCUUCCCUUCUAAUUGCCCAGAAUAUAUUGAGCCAUGUCUCUGUUCUCAAAAUAAAUAUGAAAUAAAAUACAGGUGAUUGUAUUUAUGCUGCAAAUCUAUUUUUUGUGGUGACUUUUUUUACCUCAUAAAAGAUACGGGCACCUUUCAAAAUAAUAUAUUUCUCUGCCUCAAGAAUGAGAAAGAUGCAUAUCACAGUUGGUUUACGGAUGGCAUCCCUUGCCACUCCAUGACAUCACUUUGUACUCAGUCAAUGAAAUCAAUUAUUGGUUUUGUUUUGCCUACUUUUUCCUAAAAAUCAGCAUAUGUCUCUUAAAUAUAUAAAUCAUAUAUAUGAGCACAGCCCUCAUUCAAUGACAUUUAACCAAUUUUAUAUAUUCCUAAAUAUUCAGCUGUUAAGACUCAAAGCAGCCUUAAAUCAUUUGACCAGUUUCAGAUUUAUAUUCUAUUUUAUUUGUAUUAUAUUUGUGUCCUGCUACAAUGAAUUCAUCCAUCAAUGGCUUACACAGAAACUAAAUUUAAAAUGAACAUUAAGCAAAAAAUUUAAAAAGAAGAAAAGUAUGGUUCCAAAUUGGUUAAAAAGUUCUCUGGAACAUCAUUAUCUUAAAAGAAGGGACUCUGGGAUAGCACCUACCUGAUAUUUACAAGGAAACUGCUUUAGAAGAUUACUGCAACUACUGAAAAGCAGCACCUCCUUGUUUCAACUCUCUUUAGUUCCCAGUGUGGAGGAGUAGGGUUUUUUCUAGAUGAUGUAGAUGAAGUUGGACCAAUUGGGGUUGGAACAGGUGUCAUAUCCUAAAGAAUGUUACAGACAGAACCACCCAGGAGCAGAUUCAUAGGCAGUGAAUUUCUUUGCAAUCUACAUAUUACUACUCCAAUGGGCAAAGCAUGACACUUCAAAUGUAGCUCACCAACAAGGCCCUCAUACUAUAUGCCAAGUUUUUGAGGUUGCUAGAACUUACAUUCAAUACAUUUCAAAAGACCAGAUCUUGCUCAUCCUAUAUUCAUAGAUGA